GGCCGGCAUCCCAUCGCAGCUCACAUCGAUGCCGACUGCCACAUCUACGAAACGAGGAAAUUCAGCGCCGUCACUCCAUUUUCGAGCCCAGUCAGCACACGUUGGCCGACACAGUUCGGAAUGGGGAGUGUCGGCAGCAACGUGACAGGGACGACGACGACAGAUCCAACGACGUUCCUGCCAGACGCAACUCCGACACUAAGCGAACGUGAACAGGUCAAAAUCGAAUUUUACAAAACGUACGAUGUCAUGACGGGGGUACGGAUCGCCGCGACCCUUGGUGGCUUUUUCAGCUUAAUGGUGUUGCUGGUAGUUUACAAGAGCAGAUGCAAAGCGAGUAAACAACUGGAAGAUCCAACUUUGACUGCAGCGGCAGCAGCGGCGGUCGCGGAAGCUGAAGCUGAGGAACGCGCCCUCGCCGCUGCUCUCGAAGCGAUCGCCAGGUUACCACCUAGGCUGGGUCGUGGUCCGAGAAGAUCAUUAUGCGUCGAGAUGGACCAGUCUCAUUCACCCGUGGUGGCACCUCGCUUCGCCUCAGUCGGUGGAUACGACUCUUUGCUGGCACCACCAAUCAGGCAACCGAGGUUGGCUCCCCCGGUCGAUCACAGAAGAUGUAGCUCGGUCACCUGUAGCAGCACUGGAAGCAGUUAUCUGGAACGAAGGGGUUCAGCCAUGGUAAUGCCGUGCCUUCCACCUCCUCCAUCCUACCCGCGUCACGCCGCCUACGAUGAGCCAUGGGAUUUAUAUUACCCUAUCGAUAUCCAGGUCAUACAGCCAACUCCGGAUUUAUCGCCAUGCGGAAGCGAAGUCGGUCUUUAUGCCGGUGCAGUCGGCAGCCUUAUGGCGGCGUCAUCGGGCAAAAGAGCACCGUUGGCAUCGAUGGGUAGCGUAGAUCCUCCCGAUCCAGAUACCAGGUCGCUCGGCUCCGAUUCCGUCUUUCUGAAGAACGAGGACGAGGAGCAGUGCGUCGAUACUGAGGACGAGGUCUCGGGUUUUUCUACGGACUCGGAUGCGCCUGGGCCGAGCUGUCGGCGGUUCCUACGGGUGCCUUCUAGGAAAAAACGGAUCCCCGAAAAAUGGGACGGAUGCGCGGGCUGCGUGCCCAGGCGACGGGCCGGUAGUAAACCGUGCCAAGAAUGUUUGACCAUCAGUGCCGCCGUCGAAACCUCCAGGUCGCAACCAGCCUCAACUACAACCAGUAGCAGUCAGAGUAGCGUGGGAUCUCCACCGUGUUCACCGCCGAUCGAGCUAAGGCACAGACCACCAUCAACGCCAUUACCAUCAAUUCCACCAAUAUGGUCCCAAGAAACGCUCUUUUAGAAUGCACCUUUCGUAGUGAGCAUGUCCUUCGACCUGUUUUUAUCGAGAUACGAAGCUAAAUUCAGAAUGUCGAUAUCUGAGGAAAUCAUUUGCUCAAAAGUUGAACAUUAAUCUAAUCUUUAACCGUCUUGUACUUUUAGAAAACAACCUCUUUUUUUUCUUGAA